CCCCGUGGGGGCGGCCACCUGUGCCAGGCGGGAGAGAAGGCGGGCGCUGCUGAAGGAGCCCAGCAGGCCCACUCAGCUCCUGAGGCGGCGGGGGACUGGCCUGGACACCGAGCCUGGUUUUGUGCCGUUGCCAGAAUACUAUGGAUAAGAACUUCCAAGAAGAGAUUACGCAAAUUAUUAAAUUUGAACCUCCUUUGUACAAACAACGCUACCAGUUUGUUAAAGAUUUAGUGGAGAAAUACAAACCUAAGAAGGUGGCAGAUUUAGGAUGUGCUGAUUGCAGCCUUCUCUGGAUGCUGAAAUUCUGCAGUUGCAUUGAAGUGUUAGCUGGGCUAGAUAUCUGUGAAAAUGUAAUGAAAGAGAAAAUGCAUACAUUGUCUCCUCUUCCUCUUGAUUAUUUGCGACCCUCUGAAAGAUCCCUAACUGUUACCUUGCAUCAGGGUUCCAUUGCCCAGAAAGAUCCUUGCAUGCUUGGUUUUGACUUGGUGACAUGUAUUGAACUAAUAGAACACCUGGAAGAAUCAGAGCUAAAGAAGUUUCCUGAAGUAGUGUUCGGUUUCAUGGCUCCAAGCAUAGUUGUGAUCAGCACUCCAAAUUCUGAAUUUAACUGUUUGCUUCCAGGAGUGAAGUUAUACAGGCAUCCAGACCACAAAUUCGAGUGGAGCCAAGCACAGUUUCAAAGCUGGGCUCUAGAGACCGCUAGAUGCUAUGAUUACUCAGUGGAAUUUACUGGUGUUGGGGACCCACCAGCAGGAAUGGAGAAGAUUGGGUUUUGUACCCAAAUUGGUGUGUUUGUUAGAAAAUGUCCUCAAACUGGUGAAUCUGUUCAGUCUGAGAAACCCACUGAAGCAGUUUACAAAACAGUCUUCAAAGCAGUGUACCCAAGUCUUAAAGAUGAGAAGUACUUGCAGAACGCAGUAAUCAGAGAAGUUGUUUUCACAGCCCAAAUCAUUAAGCACCGUUUAAUGUCAAAACGUGAGGAGUGCAGUGAUGAUCCUGAGAGAAAACCCAGAUCCCAACCUUCAAUGGACUCUUUUUCUGACUAUCUUGGAAAACUGGUUGUUGAAAAAAACAUGCAACCAUUUGUCAGUGGAAAUGAGGUUUACGUACCUCUCACAACAAUCUUUUCUUUUCCCAAAGUGAAUCGACUUUGUGGUACUUUUGAGAAGUUAUGCAAGCUUAUUGCUGGCAAGGUCACACUGAGCAGUGAUGGUUCUGCUGUGAUGUUCAAUAUUGAACAUGAGAAUGAAGAGAAUUAG